AUGGCACAACCUGCUGGAUCGAUUGUUGCAUCGUCUUCAUCAGUUCCUUCUUUAGGCAGGGGUGCACAAAUGCCUGCAGGUCGUGGUAGAGGUGUUAGAGGGGCAUCUAGUUUUAGUGGAGUUCAGAAUCGCACGUAUGCCUUAGGGAAUCGACAAAAUUUAGAGGCUUCACCGGAUGUGGUUACAGGUACAUUAUCCAUCUUAUCACAUAUUGUAUAUGUAUUAAUUGAUCCGGGGUCUACACUAUCAUAUGUCACUCCAUUGAUUGCUGCAAAGUUCAAAAGAACACCAGAAUUAUUGGUUAAACCAAUUGAAGUGUCUACACCGAUUGGUGAAUCUAUUAUAGUUAGAAGAGUCUAUCGAAAGUGCAUAGUAAUUGUUUGUGGUCGUAAUACAUUAGAUGACCUUAUUGAACUAGAAAUGGUUGAUUUUGAUGUCAUAAUGGGUAUGGAUUGGUUAGCUUCUUGUUAUGCUACAGUAGAAUGCCGAACUAAGAUGGUGCAUUUCCAUUUACCAAAAGAGGCAGUCCUUGAAUGGAAAGGUAAUAUUGGGGCGCCAAGAGGUAAGUUUAUUUCUUAUUUUAGGGUGAAGAAGAUGAUGUACAAAGGCUACAUAUGCCAUUUAGUAAGAGUAAGAAAUAUAGAUGCAGAUCCACCAACUCUUCAAUCUGUUCCAGUGGUAAAUGAAUUUCCUGAAGAUCUUCCAGGUUUGCCUCCAGAACGAGAAGUAGAGUUUGGUAUUGAUAUAAUUCCAGAUACUAAACCUAUCUCCAUUCCUCCAUAUAGAAUGGCCCCAGCAGAAUUACAGGAGUUGAACGAACAAUUAAAUGAUUUGUUAGAAAAACGAUUCAUAAGGCCUAGUAUGUCCCCUUGGGGAGCACCAGUUUUAUUUGUACGCAAGAAAUAUGGCUCAUUGAGAAUGUCUAUUGAUUACCGACAAUUGAAUAAGGGUGCUAAGUGCUUUUCAAAAAUUGACUUGAGGUCGGGUUAUCACCAAGUGAGGGUCAGAGAUCAAGAUAUACCCAAGACGGUUUUUCGAACACGGUAUGGUCAUUUAGAGUUUUUAGUUAUGUCAUUCGGGCUAACAAAUGCACCAGCAACUUUUAUGGAUUUGAUGAAUAGGUUGUUCAAGCCAUUUUUGGAUGUGUUCGUGAUAGUAUUUAUAGAUGACAUUAUGGUGUAUUCAAGAUCUGAAGAGGACCAUGCUAAUCACUUGCGGCAGGUGCUACAGAUUCUUCGUGAUCGAAAGUUGUACGCAAAGUUCUCUAAAUGUGAGUUUUGGUUAAGAUCUGUGGCAUUUUUGGGUCAUAUUGUAUCUGAUAAAGGAGUAAGGAUUGAUACCCAAAAGAUAGAAGCUGUGAAGAACUGGCCAAGACCUACAACACCUACGGAGGUUCGUAGUUUCCUUGGGUUGGCAGGUUAUUAUAGAAGGUUUGUUGAAGGAUUUGCUUCUAUUUCCGCACCAUUAACAAAACUAACACAAAAAGAAGUCAAGUUCCAGUGGAGCGAUACAUGUGAAAGAAGCUUCCAAGAACUGAAGAAUAAAUUGACUUCUACACCUGUAUUGGUACUUCCAGAAGGCACGGAAUGGUACGUAGUGUAUUGUGAUCCAUCGGGAGUGGGCUUAGGAUGUGUGUUGAUGCAGCAUGGUGAGGCAAAUGUUGUAGCUGAUGCUUUAAGUCGUAAAAUAAUGGCAAGCACUUAUGAGCAGUCCAUAGGAAGGCAGCAAAUAACUAAAGAUCUACGUCAAUUAGCUAGCUUGGGGGUUAGCCUUCUUGAAUCUCCAGAUGAAGGAGCUAUUGUACAAAAUGCUGCAGAAUCCUCAUUUGUAGCGGAGGUGAAAGAGAAGCAAUACACGGAUCCAAUCCUAUUACAACUUAAGGAGAAUGUACAACAAGGUAUGACAAAGGCAUUUGAGCUUACAGAAGAGGGAGUACUUCAAUGCCAAAACAAAUUGUGUGUACCUAACAUAGAUGGACUAAGAAGGAGGAUUAUGACGGAAGCACAUCAUUCAAGAUAUUCUGUCCAUUCGGGAUCAACAAAAAUGUAUCAUGACUUGAAAGAAGUAUAUUGGUGGGGUAACAUGAAGAAGAGCGUUGCAGAAUUUGUAGCUCAAUGUCCAAAUUGUCAACAAGUUAAAGUAGAGCACCAGAAGCUUGGAGGUUAUAUGCAGCGUAUAGAACUUCCAAUUUGGAAGUGGGAUAUGAUUAAUAUGGAUUUUGUCACUGGUUUGCCUCGCUCAUUUCGGAAGUUUGAUUCCAAAUGGGUGAUUGUUGAUAGACUUACCAAAGCAGCGCACUUCUUACCGGUCAAGACUACUUAUACAGUUGAAGAGUAUGCAAAGUCGUAUAUUAAAGAGAUAGUUCGGCUACAUGGAGUACCAAUCUCUAUUAUAUCUGAUAGAGGAGCUCAAUUCACCGCGAACUUUUGGAAGUCAUUUCAGAAGAGUUUGGGAACACAAGUGAAUUUAAGCACAACCUUUCACCCUCAAACGGAUGGUCAAGCAGAACGAACAAUCCAAACACUUGAGGAUAUGUUGCGAGCUUGUAUAUUAGACUUCAAAGGUAGGUGGGAUGAUCAUUUGCCGCUUAUUGAGUUUGCUUACAACAACAGCUACCAUUCAAGUAUCAGAAUGGCACCUUAUGAAACGUUCUAUGGGAGAAAGUGCAGGUCACUGAUCGGAUGGUUUGAAGCGGGCAAAACUGCCUUAUUUGGGCCAGAUCUUGUUCAUCAAGCUAUGGAAAAAGUUAAGGUGAUACAACAACGAUUAGCAACAGCUCAAAGCCGACAUAAAUCAUAUGCAGAUAAUAGAAGGAGAGGACUGGAAUUUUUCAUAGGAUAUUGGGUAUUUUUGAAGGUAUCCCCAAUGAAAGGGGUAAUGAGAUUUGGUAAAAAGGGGAAGCUGAGUCCGCGCUAUAUAGGGCCAUAUAAAAUUAUUCGAAGAGUUGUUCAAGUCGCAUAUGAGUUAGAGCUACCUCAAGAGCUCUCAACAGUCCAUCCAUACAUUCUUCGUACUGACGUCCCUUUCGGGGGACGCUGCAUUUCAUGUUGCAGGCACAGGAGUCUCAAUCUCGGAAACAGAGGAUUAAUCGAUCAAUUGAUCCCGGGUGGCCUCGAGAGAUACCCCUAUGAGACCGCAACCAAAUUACUUGACCUUGUGGCUAAAACCAACAAGGAUACUGAAAAAGAUCAGCAAUUGAUCAUUUUGCUGGGUCAGAGGGAUAACUUGACCCAAAAGGUCAAGGAACUGGAGGUGAUGUCCAAACAGAAGAGCAAAUGCAUACCACCUACCGAGCAGGGAAUGUUUAUGGACAAUGAGAAUACACGUAUCGAGGAUAUGUUAUUAACUAUUUUCCCAAAGCUAAGUGAGCAAGAUAGAGUGUUAAAGGUGAUUCGAGAAAAUGUAGAAGUGCAAAAUCAGAUGAGCGAAAUGGAUAGAACGAACGUAGCUGGAAGAGAUAUGCCACCCCAACAAACAAAAGCAAAAAAUUUCAAGAAAAAUACAAAUGAAACAAAUCCUCCCGAAACGGAUAAUGAGGGCAAGAAGCCCAGUGCCAGCAAGAGAACAAAUCCUCGAGACACCACUAUUCCUUCGUGGAGACGUAGAUUCUUCACAACUAUCCACUCCUUUUUGGUGGCUCAUGACUUGGACAAUCUGAGUAAGUCAGUUACCGCUGAAUCUUCUAAAGAAGCUCCAAGGGGCAUUAUCAAAUUCCAGGUUGACACAUCAGGUACUGAAGCUCUGGAAGAUGGAGUGACAGAUUAG